CACUAAUAUAAUCUGACAAACUGAUUACUUUACCUGAUCGUUACAAAAAAAAAAAAGAAACGAUAUCUUCCGCGGGACUCGAACUCGGUUCGUUGUGAAUGGAGCGCGCCGCUCAUCCGGACCGACGGUUAAAAUUCUGGCAGUUGCUAAAGUUUCAAACGUGACGGAUAAAGACGUUAGAAUUUAAACCCUGCGCGGCCGUUAUUACAGGUGUGUUCAGUCUGUCAGACGCGCGCUGUAGCGCUGCAUGGUUUUUCUUCUUCUGUCAGUGUGAGAUGAAGAUGAGGAGGAUGAUGCGCUCGCGGUCCGCCCACGCAGGAUCAUUCCUGGCUCGCGUCUAACCGUCGCGCUGAAUAUCGCGUUUAUUUUCGACGAUGCGGGAGUAACGGGAUGAAGAUCGCUCGCGAGUCGGCGAAAUGACAAACCCGCCGCGCGCGCGGCAGCCGCAUUCACCGCGGAGCCAACGAUGAGCGCCGGCGGGAAUCUGCGCGUCACCCUGGAAACGGCAGCGGAGACUCGAGCGAGCGCGGGCCGAGCGGAGACUGAAGACCGAGGAGCAGCGCGCGAGAUAUCGAUGAAUCUCGCUGUUUAUGAUGAUCCGGUGAUGAAGAAGAGCACCGCACAUGUCCGCAGCCAACUCGACUCGCGUGAGGACAGAGUUAGACCGUGAUUCUCCCGCCUCACAGAACUGAUCUGAGGACAGUGAGGAUAUGACCGAUGCCUGAGGAACGCACGGAACAUUUCCAUGAUACCGUUAACGUUAACGUCAGUUACUGGAGCGGAGAGACCGACGCACGGAGAGACGCGCUGAGGCCGACGCCUGCGCUCUCUCUUCUCCGAGCACGCUCGUGCUCGCAGGAAGAGCUUUGCCUCGUCGCGGCACAGAAGCAUGGAAGCUCCGCCCACUGCCCCUACACAGCCAUUCAGACAAGCAAGUUUUCUAAGUCGCCGUCUCAAAGGAUCAAUUAAACGAGCAAAGAGCCAACCCAAACUCGACCGCACUGGAAGCUUUCGCCAAAUGAUUCUGCCACGAUUCCGCAGUGCUGACCAGGAGAGGACACGUCUCAUGCAGAGCUUCAAGGAGUCUCACUCUCACGAGUCCCUGCUGUCCCCCAGCAGCGCGGCCGAGGCCCUGGACCUCACGCUGGACGAGGAUGCCAUCAUUAAACCCGUCCACUCCAGCAUCCUCGGCCAGGAGUACUGCUUCGAGGUGACGACUGCGUCGGGCACCAAGUGUUUCGCGUGCCGCUCUGCUGCUGAAAGGGACAAAUGGAUCGAGAACCUGCAGCGAGCCAUCAAACCCAACAAGGAUAACAGUCGUCGUGUUGAUAACGUGCUGAAGCUAUGGAUCAUCGAGGCCCGGGAUCUUCCUCCGAAGAAGCGCUAUUACUGCGAGCUGUGUCUGGACGACAUGCUGUACGCACGCACCACCAGCAAGCCUCGCACAGACACCGUGUUCUGGGGCGAACACUUCGAGUUCAACAACCUGCCGGCCAUCCGCAGCCUCAGACUGCACCUGUACAAGGAGACGGACAAGAAGAGACGCAAGGAGAAGAGCACGUACCUGGGGCUGGUCAGCAUCCCCAUCUCCAGUAUAACGGGCCGUCACUUCGUGGAGCAGUGGUAUCCGGUCAUCCAGCCCAGUGUCCUGGCCAAGGGCAGCGGUGUGGGCGGCGGGAAGAUCAUCAACGCCUCGCUGCGCCUCAAGAGCCGCUACCAGACCAUGAGCAUCCUGCCCAUGGAGCUGUACAAGGAGUUCGCCGAGUACGUGACCAACAACUACCGCACGCUGUGUGGCGUCCUGGAGCCGCUGCUGAGCGCCAAGAGCAAGGAGGAAGUGGCCUGUGCGCUGGUGCACAUCCUGCAGAGCACCGGCAAGGCCAAGGACUUCCUGUCUGAUAUGGCCAUGUGUGAGGUGGACCGCUUCAUGGAGCGCGAGCAUCUGAUCUUCAGAGAAAACACACUGGCCACCAAAGCCAUCGAGGAGUUCCUGAAGCUGAUCGCACACCGCUAUCUCAGAGACACCAUCGGAGAGUUCAUCCGUGCGCUGUACGAGUCGGAGGAGAACUGUGAGGUGGAUCCGAUGCGGACGCCUCCCUCGGUGCUCUCAGAUCAUCAGGCUAACCUGCGCAUGUGCUGCGAACUAGCGCUCUGCAAGAUCAUCAACUCUCACUGCCUGUUUCCUCGCGAGCUGAAGGAGGUGUUUGCGUCGUGGCGUGUGCGCUGUGCUGAGCGCGGCCGGGAGGACAUCGCUGACCGUCUAAUCAGCUCGUCUCUGUUCCUGCGCUUCCUGUGUCCAGCCAUCAUGUCUCCGUCUCUGUUCAGUCUGACGCAGGAGUAUCCGUCUGAACGCACCUCUCGAACCCUCACGCUCAUCGCCAAAGUGGUGCAGAGCCUGGCCAGCUUCUCCAAGUUCAGUGGGAAGGAGGACUAUCUGGGCUUCAUGAAUGAGUUCCUGGAGAUGGAGUGGGGCUCCAUGCAGCAGUUCCUGUACGAGAUCUCUAAUCUGGAGUGUGUGAGUAAUGCUGGGGCGUUCGAGGGCUACAUAGACCUGGGCCGCGAGCUCUCCAUCCUGCACAGUCUGCUGUGGGAGGUCAUGGCCCAGCUGAGCAAGGACGCCAUCCUGAAGCUGGGGCCCUUGCCGCGGUUACUGAAUGACAUCAGCGUGGCGUUGAGGAACCCGCAGCUGCACCGUCAGGCCAGUCACCAGCCGCCCGAGCGUCACAUGACCCGCCCGCCCUUCAGCCGCCUCGCCACCAGUGACUUCCAGAGCCUCAUGAUGAGAGACCUCAACAGCUCUCUGGAUGUCUCUUGUCUGCCGUCUCCCACGGCGGCUCUCUCUCAUCCUGGACUGGCUGCGUUCUCCGAGCGAGAUCUCCGUGCCAACAAAGACGUCUUCUACGUGACCCGCCCACCUCUCGCACGCUCAAGCCCCGCCUACUGCACCAGCAGCUCUGACAUCACCGAACCAGACCCCAAGGUUCUCAGUGUGAAUAAGAGUGUUUCUAUGAUGGACCUGCAGGACUCUCGCAUCAACAGCGUGUCCAACCUACACUCGGUGAACGACCUGCUGAACUCAUCUCAGGGGUCUCUGGCCGGCUUCGGCGCCCCUCUGAGGGCCGGAGGGCGUAUGUCGGCCGGCUCCAGUAUGUCGGGUGGUCUGCGUCUGAAUCAGCUGGCCACAGACUCUCUGUCUCAGGCGGCUGCGAUGCACGUGCCUCUGUCCUUCCAGAACCCUCUGUUCCACCUGGCGUCCGACGGGCCGCAGUACCACACGCCCCCCCCGCCGCUGCUGCUGCCGCCCGAGCCGGAGAACGGACACGUGCCGUCCUUCGCUCACAGCGGCUUCUCUCGCAGCGAGGACCUGUCGGCCCUGAGGACGCAGAACAGUCUGGUGCAGCCCAACAUCGUGCAUUCGCACAGCUACAGCGACGACUUCACCCGCCACAACCAGGCCGACUACGCCCGCAGACAGCUCUCGCUGCAGAUGCAGGAGAAUCUCCAGCAGCAGGUUCUGAUGGGCAUGGCUCCACAGACAGCCACAGGCACCGGCACGCCCGCUUCUCUGGCCACGCCCCCCACCACCAUCCAUCCUGUCCGUCAGGCCUCCAUGGCUCCGCCUCCUCCUCAGCGCAUGAAGCCUCAGCCCUCCCACCAGCUGUCUGUCAGCUCGGCCGCCAACUCCACGCCCCCCAAGACACGCCCCCAGAGCGGGAACCUCCUCCAGUCGCCCGACUCCAGUUUCGGCGGGAGGCAGAUGCCGAGGCAACAGCUGUCGGUGAAGGAUAGCCCCGCCCCCGGCCUGCCACAUCAGUCCAGCACGACCUCGGAGAGCCCCGCCCCUCAAGGCGGAGCCAAUGAGAGCACAGAAAACACACCGAGCAACCAACCAGCAAAACCUGCACAGCAGAGCAACCAACAGCAGCUGCUCAAACCAACCGUGAACAAACAGGGCUCGAAGUCUCCGUCCACUCUCAAUCCUCCCUCAGCAGCGUCCGAGCGUACGGUGGCCUGGGUGUCCAACAUGCCACACCUGUCUGCGGACAUCGAGAGUCUGCGUGUGGACCGCGAGGACUUCAAACUGAAGGAGCACUCCAAGAGCAUGGACGAGUCCCGUCUGGACCGGGUGCGUGAGUACGAGGAGGAGAUCCACUCUCUGAAGGAGCGUCUGAUGAUGUCUCAUCGUAAGCUGGAGGAGUACGAGCGGCGGCUGCAUUCCCAGGAGCAGCAGACCAGUAAGAUCCUGCUGCAGUACCAGAGCCGGCUGGACGACAGCGAGAGACGCCUGCGCCAGCAGCAGGUGGAGAAGGACUCGCAGAUCAAGGGCAUCAUCAACAGGUUGAUGGUGGUGGAGGAUGAGCUGAGGGGAAGUGGAAUGCCUGACCUCAAAACCAGAAUAUUCACAGAACAGCCGAUUUAUGGUGCCCACUCUGGAACAUGAUUGGCCCGCGCAGGACUAGCGGACCUGUGAUUGGUUGAACCUCAACCCAGGAGUGUCUGAUGAUUGGCUGAGAGAGAAGAGAGAGGCGGAGCCUGAGCAGGACGACCAACUCCAACUGGACAAACUCUCUCUCUCUCUCUUUCUCUCUCACACACGCUGAGUGUAUAUAUGUGUAUAUAAGUGAUAUAUAACUAUAUAUUCCUCAGGUGUGUCUCUCUCUCUCUCCUGCUGUCUUUCUCUCUUUCUUCUGAAUUUUUUGAGCCAAAUGGACGACAAUCAGCAUCUUGAGGCCGAAACAAUCACACCGAUAGCACAAAGAAAAUCAACGCAGAAGGACGGACGGAGAGAGAGAGAUUACUUUAUACUCUCUCGUUCUCUUCCCAUCAUCCCCUGCCUCUCUCUCUCUCUCUCUUUACUGCAGGAGUGUGUUGUGUACGUGUGUGUGUGUGUGUGUGUGUGUGUGUGUGUUUGAUCGGUUGCAGCCUCAACUUCCUAAUAAUGACUCAAUAAUGAAUCUUUUUUUUUUUCAAAUGAUGUUUUGAGGGGCUUGAUUACUUCUGAGCCAAUCAGACGCCGGCAUGCCGCUCAGAACCCCGCCCCUUCCUGUCCCGAGCUGGGGGGCGGGAUCUCCUCUCCGUGCCUAAAGAGCUCCUUGGAGAACGACCGGUCGAAAAGAGACUAGACGAAGUUUGUUCCAUGAUCACACGUUAGCUCAUCUCUGACAGAGACGGUCAUGUGACUCGCUCGCUCUGCAUCAUGGGACCAAGAGAGGACGAGCGGUUUGCUGUUUCCUGGGAUGUGGAGAGCGAGCGGAUUGGUUUAGUGCUGGUGUGUGUUUGUGCCAAACGCCCAGAGGUUCAAGGUUUGGAUCAUCACUGAAGCUCUCUUCAGACCCUAGUGAGCCGCCGAUGCUUCACACAUCCCACAAUGCACUGAGACACGCUGGAGAGUCUAAAUGUGUAGGAUACUGAUACCUUAUUAUUAUUCAGUAUCUCCAUCUUAUAUUUAAACUUUACUUCAAAUUGAAAUUGUGAUAAAUAUAUUACUAUUGCGCAAUAGACAGAACUUCAGAAAGUAAUAAUUCAAUCAUUAAAACUUAUCCUAGAAUUGUUAUUUUUUACAAUACAUCUCAUUUUGCGGCACAAGAUAAAAGGAAUUAUUCAUUUUUGAUUGAUGAAUUAAAAGAUUAAAAGGGUUUAUGUCCUAUAUUGUUUUUUGAUACUAAAUUUGUAUUAAAUCAUAAAUGCAUUUUCUAAGGCCUUAUUAGUAAAAUUAACAGACUUUUUGAUUAUUAAAAUGAAAUUAAAUGGAUUUCAGAGGGCCCUAAAGUUUUUAUUUUCAUGAAACUUUUAUUAAAUUGUUGGUAAAUUUUACAAGUUACAAUAUUUCAGUUAAUUAUGCAUGUUUUUUUAACUACUCAAAUGAUAUUUAACCAUUAAAAUGGACUUACAGAAAAACAUCAAAAGGCCCUGUUAUUGUUAAAAUUAAUUCAAUUUAUUGGAUUUAUAGUUUAAUUAUUAAAGCAUAAUUAAGAAAAUUUAAACGGGUCCAAAAAUAAUUUAUUAAACCAAUUUCACAAGGAUUAAUUGAAAAAAGAAACCGAUUUUAAAGUUGCCUUUGAUUAAUGAAAGUGUUAAUGUGUUUCUUUGUGCUGUUGGGAGCGCUCUCAUCUUAUAUUAUUAUUAUUGUUAUUAUAUUUUAACCAGGUUAGCAUGAGAUGUUGACAGAAACUCCGUAACUGUGCUUCCCUACGAAUGUCUCUAAACAGUAUUUGAUCGGACUGGUGUGAUUUUCUGCUGCUUUGAGUCUGUGAGGAGCUUUAGUCGUCAGUGCGGCUCACUGGGUUUGAGAACACACACACACACACACACACACACAGCGCUGAGGUCGGCUGCUGAUUUCUGUACAUAGAUUUACCGAUGGAAAGUUUCUCAUUUUAAGUGGGUUGAGUUUUUCUCUUUUCUUGGUGUUCGGUGGAUGAUACUCAUAUACUCCAGCAGCUGCUCGCUGGGGCUUUAGUCGAUUACUUUAGUCUUUACUCACUUUUUCUGUUACAAGUAUUACUUUCGUCUGCAUUUCAGGUACUUCUAGUUCUAAUGAUAAUGAUACAGUGUUUCUGUGCCUACAGUUCCCAUACUGAGCUCUGAUUGGCUGAACACGAGCGGUCACAUUUACACACGUUGCCAUACAGACAUCGAUUCGUUCGCUAAUGGACCGGUUCUGUUUCGAUACGUCAUCUCUCACCACUUCUGGCGCGGUGUUGCGCUCACAUCAGCUAGCGUUUGUGUGUAGGGUCAGUAAUGCUACGACAGAUCGCGAUCGCGUGUAGCACGCUAGCUGAGUUUCUGUCUUCAUGAAGAAACGAACGGUCCUCGCCGCGGGACCCAGCCGCCAAUUUAGCCAUAGACACGGACAAGCCAUAGCAUUGACCUUUGACCCUCCGGCCCGGUUCAGGAGCGUAGGAUGUAUAUAUUUCUAUAUGUACUCAUGGAAAUAUCCUCGAAUGCGCGAGAGAUUUGUUGAUUCUAGAGUGGAGCAUCUCUGAAUAUGGAGUGAUGUUUUGAAUGUUCAUAUUAUUAUUAUUAUUAUAAAGAUAUUAUAUUCAAAUAUGAUUAUUAUUGUAAUUAUGAAUUUGAUUUUAUUGACAAUGAUUGAUAAACAGAUAUGUCUUUCUUUUUGUGAAUAUGGAGAAGUUUACAUUUUUCUGGGGAAAUAAUACAAACUUUAAAUAUUUCAACAAACAUAAAUAAAUAUAUACCUGCUUAAC